UCUGAGAAAAUCCCCUUUAGUCCGUAUGUUCCAACACAUCCUCAUAGAUUAAAAAUUAUAAUGCUGUCGAGAAGAGGGUUCUCCACCAUGCCGGUGCCAGGGAUUGAAUCUGAUAUGUGAAGGGCGGGAGAGUUUCUUUUAUACUCUCACUGAAAUGGCAGAGGGGCGAGUUGGCGACACAAUGGAGUCUGACAACAAAGACGAGACAUUCACCUGCAUCCUGUGUGGGAAGGCGGAGUUGUCGGAAGAUGAGAUGAAGUUCCAUAUUAUGGUGGAACACAUAGAAGAAAAUGUCUGCUGCCCCUUCUGUGACCAGAACUGCCUCACUCCAGAAAAGCUUAACUGUCAUAUUAACGAUGAACAUAUGGAUCUCCUCAGUCCUGUGAAUCGAGACUCUGAUGAGUUUCCAGAGGCAAGUGGCACCAACGGAGAAAUGGUCAUAGAUAAAUCUGACACAGAGUUUGAUAAUAUUGAAAGUUCAAAGGUUAUCAUCAACUAUGUGAAUGACAGUGACAGUUCAGAGCAGGGAAACCCUCAUGAAGAUGGAAGCAGAACUAUUGUAAAACAAAACGAAAAGAACAUAGAAUCCAGUCAGAUAAAUUCACAAGAUGAUGUCACAUCAAAAAUUGAUGUGAAACGUUCAAAGCUUUACUUAGAUGUACCAAAGUCUUUCAAUGGUGCUCAACAGCGCCGGAACAAGUCCUCAGCUGGUUCUGAGGACACACAGACUGGGCCAGUUGUCUCCCUUGCCACACCUGAUCACACGUUUCACUGUCCAAUCUGCAGUUAUAGCACAAACUCGGAGGUGUUGAUACAGCAGCAUGUCAACCGCGACCACCGGGACAUCCUAAGCCCGAUGAAGGCACAGGAACAUGCCAUGUCGGAAGACAAAUAUGAUAUGUUGUAUUCUUGUCCAAUCUGUGGCAUGAGUUUUGAUACUCCACGCACACUAGAACUGCACAUCAACUCCAAACAUGUUGACAUUUUGAGUCCAAAUAGUUGUAACAAGCAGCAGCCAACAACACCAGGCGCCCAGUCAGCAAGUUCAGGAGAAAAUGGUGACCUAUUGUACUGCCCAGUGUGUGACCAGGAGUUUGGGGACACCCUCACUCUGUCUGCACAUGUAGAUGGCCAUUUCUCAGCGGAGCAGACGCCAGUGGCCGAGAUGUCAGAUGCUCUCCUUGCUGAAGAACUACAACGAUGUGAGACUGCGUCAGUCAGUAGAGAGAAGAAAGACUUCCAGAUGCUCCAGGCGAUGUAUGGCAUGGAUGAGAAGGCCAGCUACAAACAGCAGUAUGAGAAGAGUCUGGAGCGAGCUGUGUGGAAGGGGGACCUCACCAUCUCUGAGUUCUACCAGCAGAAGACUCGGUUACAAGCCAGUGACAUGAACGGAGUGGACGAUGGACAUUCCUGUACCAGAGGCAUAAUCCCUCACCUCCAGCAAUUCUACAGGAAGUGCCCCGGUUUUGUCAAUCAGGCCUGGCUGUGCUCUGCUGUCGACCAUUACAGUGGUUCCUAUGGCGACAAGGGCUGGGGCUGUGGCUACCGGAAUCUACAGAUGCUGUUAUCUUCACUUUCAUCAGAUCCAAACUUUUGUAAAGUUCUCUUCAAUGGUCGCCCACUAAUCCCGUCCAUCCCAAAGAUCCAACGUCUGAUUGAGGCCGCCUGGGAGAAGGGUUUUGACAAGCAGGGCUGCGAGCAGCUCGGGGGGCGUGUUGCCAACACCAGGAAGUGGAUCGGCGCCACAGAGAUCGUGGCCACUCUGUCUUCCCUCAAGAUGAAAUGUCAGUUGAUCGACUUCCAUUCCCCAUCUGGCCCUGAUGGGACUCACCCAAAGCUGUUCCAGUGGGUGAAGGAAUACUUUAGCCGUCCCGGCGCCUUUAAGCCCCCACUCUAUCUCCAGCACCAAGGUCACAGUCGGACAAUCGUAGGCUAUGAGGAAAUGCGAGACAAAACUGGGCGUCUACUUAUAUUUGAUCCCAGCACUCCCAAAAAGCAGAUGAUUCAGUUCACUGGCUUCAUCAACGGAAACAUGAUGAGAACUUUACGUCGCAACAUCAACGGACUCCGAGCCAAGCAGUACCAACUCGUAGCUGUAGUAGCUGUGUUGUCUGACAAGGAGUAUGAGGAGAGUAAAGUAAUGAAGUCGGAGCGAAUUAGUUGAGAGUUAUCUCCCUUAGAGGCACUUCACACGUAUAAUAUUUAGCAGAAGUCAACUGCUGCCUCCUGUCUAUGCACAAGAUGUCUGAGAGUGUGAGAAUAUCCAUCUGUCAUCAUCCACGUUGGUCAUAGGGACAUGUUCCUGCAUUAGUCAAACAGCCUGGCUUCACAGUAUUCUUAGAUAUCUGACACUCAAACAGUUGAGGCUGUCAGGCAGAAUCAGUCCAUCAAAGUUAUUUCCUGAGAAACUAGGGUAGGUGUAAAUGGCAGGCCACUCAAGUCUGAUUCAAGUCGUUGAAACACCAGUUUGGUUAUUGAACUCAAACUUGAUGUAUACUACUCAAAAGAAGUUAAAGAACAAAGGGAGUCUGUCAUGCCAUGACAGAUUCACUAUAGUAACAUGAAAAAGUCUGGUGUUCUUUAACUUCUUUUGAGUAAUAUAUAUCAAUCUUGCUGUACCAAGUAAAUGAUUAUGAGAUAAGGCCUAAAGAAAAAAUAGUCUUGGUUCUCAGGCACCGCCUGCAUCAUCAUUAAGUUCGCUGCACAUUUUGUUUUUAUUUCCAGUUUUGACAAAAUUCGAAAAAUUCUAAUUCUUAAAAACGGUGUGAUUCAAUAACGCAUGCAGUUACUUCCCUUUACGUGUGCACUGCUUUACUGCACAUCUCGUGUUAUAGUCCUGGCGGCAAUAGGAGUUUGUAUGCUUCUUCAUGUAGGGAGGCCCUUUCCAAGGUUGAUGGUACAAAACUGUUUAUUUGGUUACAUACUAAAAAUAACACUGCCUGCCUGCCCUAUAUUUUCAAAAGUCAUUGCCUGAGAACCAAUUCUUUUAUUUUUGUUAAGCCUAAUGUCUAAGCCUAGACCAAGACUGAAAAUUGGCUCUAGACCUUGGGGUCCCUCAGUAACAUUACAUUAUAACUUAGGCCAGAACAGUGUUUUUCUUGUCUGGUAGAUGAGUCUGUCCUGUGGUUGUUGAUAGUUUCAAACUUCCCUUCUAUUUUAAUUUGAAACAAACUUGUCUUGGCAUAUAUUGAAAAUAGCAUCCUGAAUUCAU